UUCUCUUUCUCCUCCACCUAAAAUAAACGCCUGAAGAAAAUUCUCCUUUUGGGUUCGCCACCAAACCAAAGAUUUGAAUUUUCUCUGAGAAGAAAAAGCAAAGUCUCCGUUUUUCUCAUCACGUUUUUUUGUUGGCGUUUUGUCUCUGUUGAGGCGAUCACGCGGGUUUUAACAUCUCUAAGGGUUUGGGUUUUUGUGUUUGGGUGAGAAGCGAUUUUUUUCUCGUGCGGAAUCCUAAUUUUGAUUAAAUCCCAGGAUCAUUUUUGAGGAAAUUAGGUUCCUGGCUUCUUCAUUGUCAGGAGGCCAGAGAGAAACCUUACAACUGCAAUCAGUAGUUUGGAAAAGAUAUGGGAAUCUUUUCACGCAGUUCGGCUAGUAGGAAAUCAAAAGAUGGAAUGAAGAUCAUUGCAGCAGCUUUUUUUGGUGUUACUUUUGGCUUUUUGAUUGGAAUAUCUUUUCCAUCAUUGUCAAUCACUAAGGUGAAUCUCCCAACAAAAUUUCUUCCUUCAAACGAUCUCUCAUAUGUAGAGGAAAAGGGUUCGGCAAUUGCAACUCCAGAUAGCCAUAAAUCUUGGUCAUCUUCAAAGAGUAAUGAUAACAGCUCAUCCGGUCCAGUAGACAAAUCAAAGAUAUGGGUUUCUUCAAAUCCUCGUGGUGCUGAAAGAUUGCCACCGGGUAUAGUUGCUGCUGAAUCAGACUUCUAUUUGCGCAGAUUAUGGGGGUCACCUCAUGAGGAUUUGACCAGCGAACCAAGAUACCUCGUGACGUUUACUGUUGGUAUUAAGCAGAAACAAAACAUCGAUGCUUGUGUCAAAAAGUUUUCAGAGAACUUCACUAUUCUCCUGUUUCAUUAUGACGGCCGAGUAACUGAGUGGGAUGAGUUUGAAUGGUCGAAGACUGCUAUACACGUUAGUGUGAGAAAGCAAACAAAAUGGUGGUAUGCAAAGAGGUUCUUGCACCCUGAUAUUGUAGCACGUUAUGAUUAUAUAUUCAUUUGGGAUGAAGAUCUUGGGGUUGAGCAUUUUAAUGCCGAAGCGUACAUAAAGCUGGUGAAGAAGCAUGGUCUUGAGAUUUCCCAACCUGGCUUGGAACCAAACAAGGGGUUAACAUGGCAGAUGACAAAGAGAAGAGGAGAUCUUGAAGUCCACAAGAUAACAGAAGAAAAACCUGGAUGGUGCUCAGAUCCUCACCUCCCUCCAUGUGCUGCAUUCGUUGAGAUCAUGGCUCCUGUAUUUUCUAGAGACGCCUGGAGAUGCGUGUGGCAUAUGAUCCAGAAUGAUUUGGUUCACGGUUGGGGACUUGACUUUGCACUCAGAAGAUGUGCUGAGCCUGCACACGAGAAGAUAGGUGUAGUAGAUUCUCAGUGGAUCAUUCAUCAAACUGUCCCUUCCCUUGGCAGCCAAGGUGAGGCAGUAGACGGAAAAGCGCCAUGGCAAGGGGUGAGAGACAGAUGCAAAAAGGAAUGGACAAUGUUCCAGAGUAGAAUGGCUAACGCUGAGAAGGAUUAUUUCAGAUCCUUACAAGUUGAAGGCUCCUCCUCCUCCAAUUCAACAGCAACCACCAUAUGAUAGGGAGAGUUGUUUAGUAGAGAGUCAGGGCGAGACGCUGACAGAUUCAGCUUUACAAAGUGUCUUUUGCAUUUACAUAUAGAGUCUGUAUAUGUUAAUGUAGUGAAUACUCUCAUCUCUUCUAAAGCUCACAACAGAAUCUUACAAUCGAAUUUAAAAAAAAAAAGAUUAUAAAUAUCAUUUUCUUGAUCCAUUAAUAGGAAUUCUACAUCCAGUGGCUUUUGUGAUGUAUGAUAUGGUUAAAGAUUGCAGGUUUUAUUGAUCAAACAAGUGAAUCCAAAAACCCAGUAACUCACGCAAAAGUUUUUAUUUUCUUUAUUACAAACACACAUUAUUAGUACAUUAGUACAUUAAAUCUUAUUUUGAUUAAAUUCUGUUUCCAGCAUAUACAUACUUUAAAAACUCUGCAUCAUUCGAUAUUUUACUCAAAACAUGAGACAUUAAACUCGCUUGAAUCUCGAUGUUACCUUCAAUUCCCGAGUAAAUAAUGAGUUUACCAUCGUUAGCACUCUCCGGUCCACCUCGAAUUGCAACCGGUUUACCCCAACCGAAAUCAUUACCAUACACAUUAAACCAAGGAGAGCUCGAAACAUUUAUAGAAUUACUCUUACCCAAUAUCACUUUCGGUUCCUUCACCCACUUCUCAGCGAACACUCUGAAUUCUUCAUCCGUUUGUAACCCUACACUUUUGUUUAUCUGCAAAGCAACCCAACCGAGCCCAUUGUUAAGCAUUUCCCCAACGGUUAUCGUCGUCGUGGCGGGCCCAACCACAUUCCCAAAACACUCUUUCUCAAGCUGAGGGUUUAACCUUCUUCUCAUAUCAACAAGUAACUUGCAGUGCACUACUUCUUCCGGAUUUAGGUCACUGUUUCUGAUUAUUGACCGCCAUAAAUGCGCCAAAACCGCUUGGAGAGAGGAGAUUUUCCGGUCGUCGGAAUCAACCUCGUCGUUGGCUUUCGCUUUAAGCUCAGAGACUUCUUUACUCGUAAGUCGAAAAACCCUAUCUUGUAAGCCAAGUAACGACGAAGAAACAGGUGAUGGUACUGUCUCUGAGAUUGGGAUUCGAAUAGGGUAAUCAAUUCCGUCGAGAAACCAGCCACUGAGACGCAAAGGAGGUAACAUUUUCCGGUCAGACCCGGUACGGCAAAUCUCCGACCAAGUUUUGAAGAAACUCCAAAGGGAAGCUCCGUCUCCAACCAUAUGGUUGGAACCAUAUCCUAUGAAAACUCCAUCUUUCAACUCAGUUACUUGGACAGCAAGCAACGGUUCUGUGAUCUCAAGGUUUUUAACUCCGUUCACCGGCAAAAACCCAUUUAUGAAACUGGGGACAAGACCAUCAGCAGGUUUUAAAACAUCACUAACGGAGAUAGUUAGAGCAGAGGCAUGUAUGAACGUGACACCUGAACCGUCGCAAUCGAUGUAAAACGACGUCGUUUCGUCGUCUUUGUUCUCCACCUUGACUAGGCGACCCGCGUAUGGGUAGAAAAUGUUUAAAGCGAGGGAAAGAGAGGAUUUGAGCUGAGAGAUUAUAUUGGUUUCCGGGUCGGGUUGUGGAAAGAUGAGUCCUCUUUGUGCGUAAUUGGAUUGAAGAUACAAGAGAUCCCAUGGAGUGAGAUGGAUCUUCACCGGGUCUGAUCCAUGUUCGUAGCUCUCGGGUUGAACAAUUGUCUUAGAGAUGACUUGAACAUCCGCCAUUUUUUUUUUAUUGAGUAGAUGAUGAGCAGUAAUACUGC